AUGAACGUCUUGACUACCGCACUCCUUUAUACGCUCGCAGUGGUUGCGCUCGCUGCGCCACAGAAAUCUUUGCGAGAUCCGAUUCCCAUCGUGGCCUCAAAUCUAAACGGACCAAACCCGGACGGUUCGUACAGCUAUAAUUACGAGACCGGGAACGGCAUCCAGGCGCAGGAGCAAGGUCAACUCGCCAAGAUCGCCAAUAGCGAGGACGUUCUGCGCGUUCAGGGAUCCUUCAGCUAUUCUAACGAUGACGGCAUCAUCAGCUUGAACUAUGUCGCCAACGAAAACGGUUUCCAGCCUAGGGGUGAACAUCUGCCGAUCGCGCCUGCGAUCCCUUCCGGUAUCCUGAAAGCCUUGGAGUACAUCGCUCAGCAUCCCGAGGAGGACAAUCUGUAGAAGUGAUAUAGCAGCGUUCAAACAAUUCAGACUGAAAUCGUACAAAUGACAAUCGUUGGUGUAAACAAUUCGCAUGCGAAUUCCAUCGUAGAUAUAAAAACACAAUGCAGGAUGAAGGAUUCUACGUUUACCUCGACGAGGGAUUUGA